CAACUCAAACACUAAAGCAACACAGACGGCCAUCUUAUAUUGGCUUCACUGAUCACUGCCUAAACUCUAAUUAUUAUCCAAUUGGGUUAGUUUCUUCAAUGAACACAUGACUUGUUGUCUUGUUGUAUUACAUGCUGUAGAUAAAAUUUAGCAUAUGUGCAUUUGUAAACCAAUACAGCUGACUUGACUGACAUUUACUGAUUAUCUAGAGUAAUCGAGGCUGUUAAUGUGGUCAGCAAAACUCUUAUAUAUAUAUUUGUAUAUAUUUUUGAGUUUGAUUCCACCAAACAUGCUUCUCUAUCCAGCCUUUCUAUGAAAAAGGAUUGCGGUUCAGAAGAGACUCGCACCGGUUCUCAGUACUGUUGAUAUUAGCUCAUUCCGCACACAUGGACAUCUGCCACAUCACUGGAAACAGGUCAGGAUCUCAUCAUAACCUUCAUGUAUGAAUGUGGGAGAAAUUAAUCUGCUGGAAGCAAUAAAUCAUAAUCUCGCUUUAUUUUUAAAGCUGUUUUUAUUUCUUAUUUGUAACGUUGUUUGCUCAUGGGUCAGUUGCUCCAGUCGGAUAAAUGAUCUGAGAAUAGACACACAGUCAUGUCUGUGCAGGUUUCUUGAUAACCCGUCCUCCGGUUGCAUCAUGACGCAUCAAUGUAUUGACUGAUUUCAGAAGAGUCAAGAGUUUAGGUGCUAAUCUUUGAAGAGCUGUGAGAGAAAUUUCCGUGUAUCACAUUAUGAAACAUCAGUCAGACCACGUCCAUUUCCCUGAUCAGUGGGCGGGGCUUUCGCGCUCCCUGAACGCCAUUGGCUGAGCCCCGGAAAGGUGUGCGCGGAAGGCGGGCGCUCGUACGAUAUAAGCAGAGCACCGUGAGCGCGUGCAAGGUGAUGAUCCGCGCGCACUGGAGAAGAUGCUGCCUCAGACUCUGAAGCUUACCGGCAGGAGCGCGCUCCCUCUGCUCAGGUGGGCUGACGUCAUGCGCGCGCCCCCGUCUCAGCAGGUGAAGACACUCGAGCACAUGCCCGGACCUUCUUCCGCGGGAUUCCUGUGGGAUCUGUUGUUCAGACGCGGACUCACUCGCCUCCACCAGAUGCAGCUGGAGGGCAGGCGUAAGUACGGGCCGGUGUGGAAGGCCCGUUUCGGACCCAUCCUGACGGUUCAUGUGGCAGAACCGGAUCUGAUCGAGCAGGUUCUGCGUCAGGAGGGCCAUCAGCCUAUGCGAUCCGAUCUCUCGUCCUGGAAGGAUUACCGGCGGCUCCGGGGAGAAGGGUUCGGACUCCUGACAGCUGAAGGCGAGGAGUGGCAGAGCGUGCGGCGUCUGCUGGGGAAACACAUGUUACGACCCCAAUCUGUGGAGGCGUACGACCUCACGCUGAACUCUGUCGUCACGGACCUCGUGGAGAAGCUCAAGCUACGCCAGCGGGAGAACGCUAGCGGCCUCGUGUCCGACGUCUCGGCCGAGUUCUACCGCUUUGGUCUCGAAGGCAUUUCCUCGGUGCUGUUUGAGUCCAGGAUCGGCUGCCUCGACCCAGUGGUUCCAGUGGAGACGGAGCGCUUCAUCCAGUCCAUCAACAGCAUGUUCGUCAUGACUCUCCUCACGAUGGCUAUGCCUCAGUGGCUCCACCGGCUCCUUCCCAAACCCUGGGAAACCUUCUGCCGCUGCUGGGACGACAUGUUCCGGUUCGCGAAAGGUCACAUCGACCAGCGUCUUGAGGAGGAGAAGCAGAAGAUGUCUCGAGGAGAGUGUUUAGAGGGACGAUACCUGACCUAUUAUCUGUCUCAGGCCGGCGUGCCGCUGAAGUCUGUGUACAGUAAUGUGACCGAGCUGCUCCUCGCUGGCGUCGACACGAUCUCCAGCACGCUGUCCUGGUCCCUGUACGAGCUCGCUCGGCAUCGGGAGGUCCAGACGGCCCUGCGGGACGAGGUUCUGGGCGUGAUGAAGGACCGGACCGUCCCAAACGCAGGCGACGUCGCUGCCAUGCCUCUCAUGAAGGCCGUGAUCAAGGAAAUCCUCAGGCUCUAUCCUGUAAUUCCGGCCAAUGCGAGGGUCAUCCCAGAUAAAGAUAUUAAAGUUGGAGGAUAUCUCAUCCCUAGAAACACUCUGAUCACUCUCUGCCACUACGCCACGUCCCGUGACCAGAAACACUUCCGAGACCCGGACUCCUUCGUCCCGCAGCGCUGGAUGAGUCGCUCCGAGGGAAACCAUCCGUUCGCCUCGGUUCCCUUCGGCGUGGGCAAACGCAGCUGCAUCGGCCGGCGCAUCGCUGAGCUGGAGCUUUACCUGGCGCUUUCCAGGAUUUUAAUGCACUUUGAUGUGGAGUCGGCAAAAGAGAACGACACAGUCCGUCCGAUGACCAGGACUCUUCUGGUUCCAGAGAGACCGAUCAACCUGCGUUUCAUUGAGCGCUGAUCCGGAGGUCAGAGGUCAUCAGGACCCGGUGAGACGGAACUGGCCGUCUCUGAUGGUGAGAUCCAGAGAGCCAGAACGAUUCUGUGAUGUCCCGAAGAGAAGCAGGCCCGAACCGGCGAUGUGUCUGCGACCCGCUGUGCAACGGUGUGGAUCUGCGCGACUCAGAGACUGGCCACUGAAGCGCGACCUCGCAUUCAUCAUCCAUGCAAACAUACGAAUGUAAGAAACGCCAAAGACGUCCAUUGCUGGAUGAAGAUGCACAGAAAGGACUUUUGGUUUCUUCCGGACUCGGAAAGUGGAAAGGCACAGGAAUCUCGCCACUAUAUUUACAGCUGUUCAUUUGUAGGUACUUUUAUGUAAAACAGCUCACAAAUGAGGAGAGUCCAUGGAGAGCAGCGUAUGGUCAAGUGCAGAUUUGGUGCUAAUUUACUGUCAGUCUAAGAGCACCACUGUGAUCCAUCUCUGGCCUUAUUCGCUGUGGUCACUUGCUGUCUAUUGAAAAGAAACAUGUCAGCGUUGGCGGACCCCGCAUGUGCUUUAUAACCCAUAUAAAGAUAUUUUUCACAUGUAUUGGUGAACUGGCAUAACAUCAGCCAUCCAUACAUACAUAUUCAGGAAUAAUAGACUAAAUAAUUGCUGAUAAACCAUAUUCAGUGUGAUUAAUUAAUAAAUCACUCCAUAUGUGUUUAUUAAAUAGGUCUCACUUUAUUUUAGGUGUCUUUAACUACAAUGUACAAAAAAGGUGUUCUUGUAAUUAUUCAUUUUAAAUAUUAAAUAAUAUUAAUCAACUACAUGUACUUUAGGGGUUUGUUUAGGUUUACUUGCAUGUAUGUAAUUAUGCAUAAUUUAAUGUUAUUACUAUAGUGAGUUGUUAUUGAUGUGGACACUGGUAAGGUUGGGGACGGUUAAGGGUUAAAGGUCGACAGUGUAAUUAUAGUUUGAAUUACAGAAAUGAAUCACAACUGUAAUUACAUGCAGGUAUUUUUAAAAAUAAUUACACCAUAAAACAUUCGGUGCAUUUUACCAAAUGGUUAAUUGACAUGUUAGUACAUACUAGUUAGAGACACUUGAUGUAAAUGACACACCAUUCGUUAAUUUAACAUUUUCUUUCAAGUAAAUUUCAAUGGAAACUGCAUUUACUGUUUUCUUAAAAAGAAUUCAUGUUUCUGGUUAUAAAGUGUCUGCUUUUGAUAAAAACUAUAAGUAAAACUUGUGGCUCGCUCCUAUUAUUAUGCAGUCCAUGAUAUUCACCGAAGCUUGACCUACUUCAGGGGCCGACACACGGCGGGUUUCUCAGAACCAGAUUGCAGAGAUCUGCUGUUCUAGUAACACAGGCUGAUGAACACAAGGCCACUCUGUGUUUGCUCUGACAUUUCCAGCCGAAGUCUUUGACAGAUGUACAAGGAUCAGAGUGAUCAAAGCUCAUGUGUGCUUCCAUCAUUAUUACUGGGAACUGUGCAGGAGCCGAUUAGCCAGUCCGGGUGUCCAGAUGUGGACUGGGAGGGUUCUGGUGGCCCCAAAGCACGUUCUGAUGACCAUGUUAACAUUCGGUGUCAUAAGUGGGUGGGAAUUUAUUUUGAUAACAUAACAGCAAAUAAGAAUUGAAAUAAAUUGAAGAACUGAGGUCAAUCAAAUGGUAAUCUCUAGAAUUGUUAGAACCAUCUGCCAUUCUCAAGUAUUUUUUCGUUUUAUUUAAAAAUCUUAAUGCUAUGCUUAUUUGAAAGCUCCAAGUGUGAAUGCAAUAGCAGUCAAAAAUAGUUAUACGUUAUUUUUGCACAGCAAGUCCUAAACCGGUGGAAAGACGCCAUACUGUGGUGCAGGACUGUUCGGGAACUGAAAGUCUGACAUAUGCAAUAAUACUCUGAAAAAUAGUAUGAUAAAUAGUAUGGCUCAUAUUGUAUGAUAUAUUGAGAAUAUUGUAGAGGAGGACAAAAACACCAGACAACAAAAAUCAGUGAUAUUUAAAGAUUAAAUUAAAUAACAGACUAUAAUAGAGGCGAGCAGAUGAACCAGAACAUGAAUGCAACAUUCAGCGUUUUUCCAUAGAAAACCAUUAUAAAGAAAAUGCUUUCCCUUUCUGUUGACCAGCCUACACAUUAUGAGUCGUGGUCUCAUUGGCACAAAUUAAUGUAGAUAAGUUUUGAUCCAGAACUGUAUUGAUCCCAGAUUGAUUCCUUUCUUUUAUGUCACAGAGUGACUUCCGAAGCUUUGUUUGGUCACAUGCUUUUUCUGCUCUGUCUGCUGUGAAGUGUUUGAUAUUGUGGAGAGAACAAGUCUGACCACCAGAUGUCGCUAAUGCGCAUUGUGCUAAAAGCCUCACACGCCUCACAAAGCCCUGGCUUCCCUUCACUAUUAUAAAGAAAAUGCUGUAGCGAACAUUUGGCAUUUUGCGUUUAGGUUCUAAGUUCAUCUGCUCGCCUGUAUAUAGUCUGCAUCAUCAAUACGCUGUAUACUGAGCUGUAUAAGCUGUAUCUUUCAAUAUCAUGUGAGAUAUUAGUGUGUGAGUCUGAGACACCAUACCAGCUGUGUGUGUGAGAGACACCUAACCCCAGCUGUGUGUGUGUGUGAGACUACGGUGUUUUUAAUACUAACUUAUAUGUUAUUUUUGUGUAGUUCAAUGCUUCUAUAGUGUGACAUAAAAAUGUUGUCUCCCAUUUACAAAUAAAAACGAAUAAAACAG